UUGAGAGAGUCUCAGUAAAGAGUGAAUUGAGUCAUGAGACACUGAACAUCAAUCAAAGCCCAACUUAAAAUUUCCACGGCCCAUGCCUAAAAAAAAUCCAAACCCUAAAAUCCCCAAAUAAAACCCGUAAUCUCUCAAUCUCCAUUUUCAUUUCCACCGCAACAUCACAAAAAAAACCCUAAUCUCCUCCUUUCCCCUAUCCUCAUCCCCGUUUUGCCGCCAUGGGAAGAGUAAUCAGAGCUCAACGUAAGGGUGCUGGUUCCGUCUUCAAAGCCCACACUCAUCACCGCAAGGGAGCAGCCAAAUUCCGUACCCUAGAUUUCGGUGAACGCAAUGGUUACACAAAAGGUGUAGUUACUGAUAUCAUUCAUGAUCCAGGUCGUGGUGCUCCAUUAGCUAAGGUGACAUUUAGGCAUCCAUUCCGUUACAAGCAUCAGAAGGAAUUAUUUGUUGCUGCCGAGGGUAUGUAUACUGGGCAAUUUGUUUAUUGUGGAAAGAAAGCUACUUUAAUGGUUGGAAAUGUUCUUCCUUUGAGAUCUAUGCCUGAAGGAACCGUUGUUUGUAAUGUUGAACAUCAUGUUGGUGAUCGUGGUGUUCUUGCACGUGCUUCUGGAGAUUAUGCUAUUGUUAUCUCCCACAAUCCUGAUCAUGACACCACUAGGAUCAAGCUCCCAUCUGGUUCCAAGAAGAUUGUGCCGAGUGGUUGCCGUGCGAUGAUUGGGCAAGUCGCUGGUGGAGGACGUACUGAGAAGCCUCUUCUCAAGGCUGGUAAUGCUUACCACAAAUUCAGGGUCAAGAGAAACUGCUGGCCCAAGGUUCGUGGUGUUGCUAUGAACCCAGUUGAGCAUCCUCAUGGAGGAGGUAACCACCAGCAUAUUGGUCACGCCAGUACUGUCCGCAGAGAUGCUCCACCUGGGCAAAAGGUUGGUCUCAUUGCCGCCAGGAGGACUGGUCGUCUCCGUGGUCAAGCUGCUGCCACUGCUUCUAAGAGUGAUUAGGCUUAAAUCGUUUUUGUCUUUUUUUAAAGUUGAUCUAAAAGAGUACCUUUUUGGAAGAUUGCAAUAUCAAGUAUAUCAGAAUUUUGUUUGGAAUUGUAGGAUUGGCUCUUGUUGAGUUGUUAUGGUAACUUGGAUAAAUUUCUUUAUGCCAUUAUCUUUUUAGCACAUCUAUCAGUUCAAUGUAUCAUGGACGAUAUCUAUAUCAUAGUUAUAGUCAUCAACUCAGUAUUCUGUAUUCUGCACAAAUCAGGAUAGAAUUGUAGAGAUGUAUGUCAAUUGUCAAUAACAAGAUGUACCAUGUCCGCAGCUUUACUUCUA